AUGCAAACGUUUAAAUUUUUGCGAAAAAAAAAUGAUCAACGGGUUCAGAAGUGUUUUUACAAAUAUAGUGCAAACAAUAGGAUUACAAAAAUAGUAAGAGAGAUUUAUUUAAGAAACGAUAUAAGUUGUAGCAUAGAAAAAUGCAAGGUUUGUGAAAACAAAAAGAAAAAGUUGUUAGAUGGAGAUAGGAACAUCUUAAUAUUAGAUACAGAUACAAUAAUUAAAUAUAUUGAUUUUUUAUAUGAGUGUAAUAUAGAUAACAUAUUGAUCCCAUUAACUAUUUAUGAGCACAUAAGAACAUUUAAUAAAAUAUUAUAUAAAAAGUUACAUGAAUUGUGUUACGAAAUCGAUGAAAGUAUACCUAAUAGUAAUAAAAGAUAUAGUGUUUUUGUAAACAAAUAUUGUAAGUUUACAUAUGUUCAUGAUAAUAUAAAAUAUGAUUUAAAAGAAUUACAAGAAAUUAUAAAAAUUGUUAUAUGGUUCAAGCAUCACAAUCCUAAUUUAAAUGUAAUAGUUAUCACUAGUAAUGAUUUAUUAACAAAUGAUUGUGCUAACAAUGGUAUAUCUUGUUUUUCAUUACUAGAUUAUGUCAAUCAAUUUUUAAAAAAAAAAACAACAAAUGGAUUAAAUAAUUAUGGUUACAAUGAUAAUAUGCUUAGUAUAGAGACUAUAAAAAUGUACUUUGAAGAUAAUAUGAUUACCGAAAAUGAUGAAAAUAAAGAAGCUGAAAACGGGGACGAAGCUAGUGGAAAUUCUCGUUUGAAUGAUUUGGACAAGACGCAAAAUGAUUCAGAAAAUUUUAAAUAUAAAAAAAAAAUAUAUGAGCCACAUUUAGAUAAAAAGGAAAUAAUCCAAGGAUUGAGAAAUAAUCAAUUUUUUAAAGGAGUUUUUCAAGUUAUUUGUGUAAAUAAAAUGGCAACAGUCAAAAUUAACGACUAUGAAGAGGUUAUAAUAAGGGGUUAUAAAAAUAUGAACAGAGCAAUACAUAAUGAUAUCGUUGCAGUAGAAAUAUUUUCGCAAUUUACUGAUCCAUCAUAUGGCGAAUCAGAUUAUUUUGAGGAACAUAUCGAUCCAGAUGAAAAAGAAGAGGAAGAAGAAGAGGAAGAAGUCGAAGAUGAUGACGAGGAGAAAAAAACAAACAAUAUAAAUAAAACAACUUCCAUUACUAAAUCGGAAAAUGAACAACAUCCAAAAACAGGGGAAGGGAAUGAAUUUAUUGAGUGUAAAAAAUUGUAUGGUAAAGUUAUCGGAAUUAUUAGUAGAUCCCGAAAAGAAUAUGGUGGAGUUAUUAAAAGCAGUGAUAAUGAUAAAAACAAUAAAUAUAUAGAAAAAUUAUUAUUUUUUAAAGCUUUUAAUAGUAAAAUACCUCAUAUAAUAAUAAAAAGUAAUAUGGAAGACGAAUUAAGUAAUAAACGAGUAAUUGUAACAAUAGAUAAGUGGGAUUUUAAUUCAAAAUAUCCAUUGGGAAGAUGUUUAAGUGUAUUAGGUGUUUGUGAUGAUAUUGAAGCAGAAACAAAAUUAAUUUAUAAUGAAUAUAAUAUAUCAACAAAAGAAUUUAGUGAAAGUGCGUACUUGUGCUUACCCCCUUCAAAUUGGACUAUACCUGAAGAGGAGUUUUCUAAAAGAAUUGAUUUUAGAAAUAUUUUAACUUUUAGUAUUGAUCCUCCAGGAUGCCAAGAUAUAGAUGAUGCAUUAUCGGUUGAAAUUUUAGAGGACGAACAAAUCAUAAAAGUAGGAGUACAUAUAGCAGAUGUAUCUUAUUUUGUUAAACAAAAUAGUGCCCUUGAUUUAGAAGCAUCAAAAAGAUGUACUACAGUUUAUUUGACAAAUCAAAGAGUUGAUAUGCUUCCCAAAUUAUUAACAACAGAUUUAUGUUCAUUAGUUGAAAAACAGGACAGAUUAACAUACAGUUGUAUAUUUACAUUUAAUACGAAUUAUGAUAUAUUAGACAUUAAUAUAGCUAAAUGUAUUAUUAAUAGUGAUAGAUCAUUUACAUAUGAACAAGCUCAAAAUAUUAUUGACGAUUCUAAUGAUACAUCCUCUAUUGCGAUUUCAUUGAGAUUACUAAACAACAUUGCAAAGGAUUUAAAAGCAAAAUGGUUAAAUGAUGGUGCAUUAGAAUUAAAAGGAAAUUCAGAAGUUGUAUUUGAAUUUGAGCAAAAAGAUUAUACAAAAACUAAAAAUUUAAAACCUUAUGUUACAUAUGAAACAAACCGUUUAAUAGAAGCAUUUAUGUUACUAGCUAAUCGAUCAGUAGCUAGAAUUAUUUUUCAAAAUUUCAAAGCGGCAUGUAUAUUAAGAAGACAUCCGCCACCUAAAUAUGAUACAUUAAAAGAAUUAGAUGAAUAUUUACAAUCUAUUAAGGUUUAUGAUUUUAAAUUUAAUACAUCAAAAGAAUUAUCUUAUUCAAUUAAUAAUAUUAAUUUAAAAAAUGAUAAAAUACUAUCGAAUAUUUUAAAAACACUAGUUACAAAAUGUAUGAAUGAAGCAAUUUUUAUAUCUGGAUAUAAUGUACACAAUAAUGAUAUGUUAAGGCAUUAUGGUUUGGCGGCUGAUAUAUAUACCUUUUUUACUUCACCAAUUAGACGAUAUGCUGAUAUAAUGGUGCAUAGAAUAUUAAAUCAUAUAUAUGGAAUAGAAAAGCUUCACAAUAAAUAUUUAGAUAUUGUUUAUUUAAAUAAGCAAGUCGCUUUAUUAAAUGAAAAAUAUAGAAAUGCUAGAUUUGCUUCAAGAGCUUCUGUUAAUUUUUUCUCUUAUCUUUAUAUUAAAAAAAUAGGAAACCAAAUUACACAAGCUGUAAUAACUAGCUUAAAAAAAAAUGGAAUACAAAUAUAUGUGUUAGCAUAUGGUAUUGAAGGAAUAUGUUAUCUAAAAAAAAAAGACGGAUUUAUAUUUGAUGAGAAAAAAAAAUCAUUUAUUAAACUGGGUGAAAACCAAAAGGAAAGUUUUCAAUUAAAUUUUUAUGACAAUGUGGAGGUCCAUAUGCAAGUUGAUACGCGAGAUAUUAAAUGCCAAAAUCAUUUUAUUUUUAUUAGAAAACUGUAA